CCUCCCCCACCUCUGGAACUCCGACGCGCUCUCCUGUCACCGCGGCCAUUGUGAUGAGGACUCUGCUUCACUCCCGCUUCAGGACCGGAAAGAAGUGCGUGUAGUUGAGUGUCCCUGCCUCUCCCCGUGGAGGACGCGGCCCAGGCAGGGCACCAAGCAGGGGCCAUGCCCGUGCUGCUACCCCCGGUUGAGCAAAGCAAGAGCUCGCGCGUCGGGGCCCCGGAAUGGCGCGAGGAGGCCCAGGUCAAGAUGUUGGAGGCGCAGCAGCUGACCGACCGCUGCGGGCAGGAGGCCGUGGCCAUGUGGCAACCCAAGGACAGCGUGUGGGACCCGAACGUGGCGCGUCACCUCUGCAAGGCCGCCUACAUCCAGCCCUGGCGCUUCCACGUGCAGUUGCUCCAAGAUGGGGGCACCUUGGAGACGCCGCCGCCGGGCGAGGGCGUCACGCUGUGGAAGAGCAAGAUGAAGCCGCCGCAGAUCAAUGGGCAGCUGCAGCUGCUGCAGCGCCAGCGCCAGGCCACCGACCACAGGCUCAGCGAGGUGCGCAAGGGCCUGCUCAUUAACCAGCAGAGCGUCAAGCUGCGGGGCUACCGGCCCGAGUCGGAGAAGAUCCCUGACAAAGCUGACAGUAUGCUUACCUGGGAGAAAGAGCAGUUAAAGAGCAUGAAGAGGAAAAUGGAGGAAGACAUGGAAAAAUCAGAGGUCAUGCUCAAGGCCCUGGCCUCCUGCCGAGACACCCUGGCCUUCUGCUGUAAGGAGAGGCUCCAAGCUGUGGACUUAAUGAACAAGCCCCUGGACAAGGUUCUGGAGCUGGCCGGCCGCCACUCCUGGGUGGACCUCUCCCGCAUCCCCACCCCCAGCACUCAGGGUCAGAAAACGCCUCCUUCAAACCCCGUGGGCGCGUACACACCAGAGUGCGCCGCGGUGCUGAACGACGCCAAGCGCCUGCUGAUGGAGUCCAAGGACGCCUUACAAGAAAUGGCCAAGAAUGAGGAGGAAAUCCGGGAGCAACAGCUGCAGAUAAGCGAUGGCGUGUGCUCCUCGCUGGCCCAAAAGAUGCGCGAGACCACGGAGCUGAAGGAAAGAAUGAACAUGACCGUAGGACUGAUGAGGGGGACUAUCCACCGGUGCACGAAAUUCAACCAGGAGAUGUACAUCACCCGCGGCCUCAUCAAGGGUCCUCUGUCCAAAACUCACCUGGAGACUCGGGAGAAACUGGACCGACCCCUGGUCCGCGUGUACCAGAGACACGUGGGCACCCAGCUCCCGGAGGCCGCGCGCCUCACCCAGGGCACUGACAAGCUGCAGCGCCACAUCUCCAACGUGGAGAAGAACCUGGAGGAUCUGCACACCACGCACAGGAACCUCACCCGCAGCCUCAACUGCAAGAGGAUCGGGCACGAGGUGGACUACAACGUGGUGCGCCUGCGCCUCCGCCAGAGGCACCCGCACGUCAACUACGAGCAGGCGCAGUGCCUGGUCAGCGACUGGGACCCGCGCACGCCGCCAAAGACCGGGACCCACCCACAGACGCAGCCAAAGAGCGGGACCCACCCACAAACGCUGCAGCCAAUAGAGGACAGCAAGGCAGCCAAUUGA